GACGUACACCGUUUAACCCACUCAUCUCGAAGGGGCGCUCUCUGUCUCAGAGCCUCUUGUUCUGGAAAAGAAAGAGAAUAAUAAGAUUCUCCCUCCGAGUAAUCUCUCCGAGUUUAGAUAUAAACGUGUCCAAACACGCUUUGUAGUCCUAGCUCUUGUAUCAAGUAAGGUAUUUCUGCGGAUCUGGAUCGGGACCAGAGGGGCGGGGUCGGGCGGGGGAGCUUGCCGGAGUUGAUGGCGGAGUCGCCGGAUAACCGUCGGAGCCAGUCCGAGAGUUCCGGAGAGGUUUCGGUGAGGAUCGAGCGCGAAAUUGGUGGUGGAAGCGGAAGCGGCAGCGACAGCAAAGAGGUGGAGAGCAAAGGUGUUAGCAAUGGUGGUUCGUUGAACACCGGUCGCAGUAGCUCUCCAGGGGUUGCUAGCAAGAAUUCUUCUGAAGUAAAUACAUCUUCAGUUGAGAUAUCAGACUUUGACAAAUUGGAAUCUUUAGGGGGUCCGAUUAAGUUGGAAAGAUCAAAAACUGAGUGGAAAAGACAGAAGAAUUUACUUGCUGAAGAGGCAGCACAAAUUUUUGACGAUAAAAUUUCUGUACAGCAGAAGAUAAAACUGUUUAACAGAAUAGCUACAGUGAAAGAUAAUGGAACUGUAGAAUUUGAAGUUCCAGUAGAUGUCGAACCACAAGCUCUUGGCGCUCGAUCUAUUGGUGCUUAUUGCAAUGCUGUGGAUGACGAGGAUGCAACAGACCUUCAGUACAUACCGCCUUUGCAAAUAGUAAUACUUAUUGUUGGUACACGUGGAGAUGUUCAACCAUUUAUUGCAAUUGGCAAACGAUUGCAGGACUAUGGCCAUCGUGUUAGACUAGCAACUCAUUCAAAUUUCAAAGAAUUUGUCUUGACUGCUGGGUUGGAGUUUUACCCUCUAGGCGGAGAUCCAAAAGUCCUUGCUGGUUAUAUGGUUAAAAAUAAAGGAUUCUUGCCAUCGGGGCCUUCUGAAAUACCUACUCAACGAAAUCAAAUGAAAGAAAUUAUAAAUUCAUUACUUCCAGCUUGCAGAGACCCUGAUAUUGAUUCUGGUAUUCCCUUUAAAGCGGAUGCAAUCAUUGCCAAUCCACCAGCAUAUGGGCAUACCCAUGUGGCAGAGGCACUAAAAGUUCCGAUUCAUAUAUUUUUCACGAUGCCAUGGACGCCAACUAGUGAAUUUCCACAUCCUUUGUCCCGUGUGAAGCAACAAGCUGGAUAUAGGCUGUCAUAUCAAAUUGUUGAUUCCUUGAUUUGGCUCGGAAUUCGGGACAUGAUCAAUGAUCUUAGGAAGAAAAAGCUGAAGCUUCGUCCUGUGACAUAUUUAAGUGGUUCACAGGGCUUUGAUACUGAUAUCCCGCAUGGAUAUAUAUGGAGUCCUCACCUUGUUCCUAAACCAAAAGAUUGGGGACCUAAGGUUGAUGUGGUGGGAUUUUGCUUCCUUGAUCUUGCAUCGAAUUAUGAACCUCCUGAAUCACUUGUAAAAUGGCUCGAGGCUGGUGAAAAGCCUAUUUAUAUUGGAUUUGGUAGCCUUCCUGUUCAAGAGCCAGAGAAAAUGACCCAAAUUAUUGUGGAAGCAUUGGAAAUUACUAAACAGAGGGGCAUCAUUAACAAAGGCUGGGGUGGCCUUGGGAACUUGGCAAAACCAAAGGAGUCCAUGUACUUAUUGGACAACUGCCCUCAUGACUGGCUAUUCUUACAAUGCAAGGCCGUGGUGCAUCAUGGGGGUGCUGGAACAACAGCUGCUGGUCUUAAAGCUGCGUGCCCAACAACCAUUGUACCUUUCUUCGGUGACCAACCUUUCUGGGGAGAGCGAGUACAUGCAAGAGGAGUAGGUCCUGCACCCAUUCCAGUCGAAGAGUUUUCCCUUACCAAGUUGGUUGAUGCAAUAAAGUUUAUGGUAGAUCCCAAGGUGAAAGAGCGUGCGGUUGAACUUGCAAAGGCCAUGGAAAACGAGGAUGGUGUGGCUGGAGCGGUGAAAGCCUUUUUAAAGCAUCUUCCUUGCAGAAAGCCAGAGCCAGAGCCAGAACCAGAGACAUCAAACCUUUCCUCUUUAUGUAAAUGUUUUGGCUUUUCUUGAAUCCUUGAUGGAUGUUGUUUUUAACCCUUCCAUGUAUUUCUUGUCCAAUUAUUAUAUCUUGUGAGUGUAGAUCUUAGAAUGCCCUCAACAGCGCGAUCUCCGAAAAGAGGGGGGGAAAAAGGAAAAGAAAGAAACUGCUUGGAAAUCCUGUUCAUAGAAUCUCAUUCCUACUUCCUGAAUUGUAAUUUUAUUUAUUUAUUUGAGUCAAUAUAUAUUCAGUUCAAGGAAUUCCUUUUCCUUUUUCAA